AUGGCGCAAAUCGAAGCCAUGAGGGCGGUCUGUUUUCUUCUGGCGAUUUGUGCCGUGAGUGUGUUGCCCUGUUCGUCUGCCUGUCCGAAGUACUGCAAUUGUAGCGACUUCGGCAACGAGUACACGGUGUAUUGUCGCGGAGAAAACAUCACUGCUAUCCCACGGGACAUUCCAAAGAACACGUCACGAUUGGAUGUCUGUUUUACCCCAAUCACCAUGCUACGGAAAGGCGACUUCGUUGACAUGCCCAAACUCAAACAGUUGAACGUUUGGUGGAACCUCAACCUGACCAUGGUCGAACUGGGAACCUUCGACAAUCUACCAACCAUCACGUCACUCGGACUGUUCAACAACUCCUUCACCAAGCUACCGACCGGGCUGUUCGACAGCUUAAAGAACCUGAAGACUUUUGACGCUCACAACAGUAAGCUGGAGACGAUCCAACACGGUCUAUUCACCGACCAUCCUACCCUACAAGAGAUCAGAUUGCCCUUGAACAACAUUACGGGGCUGGAAGAUGCCGCUUUUGGUGGCCUUCCUCACCUGACCUCCUUGUAUCUCAGUUCCAACAGCCUAACGUCUCUUAACCCGUCCGUCUUUGAGGGUUCGCCUAAAUUGAAAUCUUUGGAUGUUGACGAUAACGCCAUUACCGCUAUUAGUAAAGAUACCUUUGCUGGCACCAACUUUGAGUUGUUGUAUCUCAAUAGAAAUGCCAUCAAUACCGUAGAUGUCGACUCCUUUUCCAAUCUCAAAAGCCUUCAGUAUGUUUCCCUGGAUCAAAACAACAUCAAAGAUCUACAGGACGUCUUUAAAGACCUUCCCCAACUUCAGUCUGUUUCCCUGUUUGAUAACAAGCUUACCAGCAUCGAGGGUGUCUUCCAAAAUCUCCCCAAGCUUGGCACUCUUUCGUUAAAUGGUAAUCAAAUCACGAAGAUCAGCAGCACCACAUUCGACAGUGUUCCUGCCAUGACGUCAUUGAGCCUCAGUAACAACGCCAUCGCUGAGGUGGAAAGCGGGGCUUUUAGAAACCUUGACAGCCUUGAUUCACUUUACAUUGACAACAACCAGAUUCCAGAAAUCUCCUUGGCAGGCUUGCAUUCUCUUACGACUCUUACCAUGAACGUCAACAACCUGCAGAGAUUUCCUACCGACUUGGAAGAUGCCAACCAACUCACGUAUCUGACGCUGACCAGCAAUCCAAUCAAGGAACCGCUGGACGAGCAAUUGUCAGUUUUGCACAGGCUCUCCAGUCUGUACCUGUCUGGCAUUACAAGUCUAAAGUUGGCGGGGACACUGAAUCCGAAGGCGCUAUGUGGCUUGGAUGCCCUUGAAGCUGUGUGGAUUAAAGGCAACGAGCUAGUUUCAAUCCCACCCACAACCUUCGAGUGCACACCGUCUAUUUCCGGAAUAUGGCUUUCGAACAAUAACCUGACAGAACUGAGUCCCCGCUUGUUCCAUGGUCUGACGGAGUUGAAUUGGCUGGAUCUGACAGACAACCAACUGAGCCACCUGGACCCUGACACGUUUGUCGGUCUUGAUAAGCUGAGGUCUCUUUCUCUGAUUGGAAACAACUUCACCAACAUGGCACAUGUAGCUCCGGCAUUAGCACACCUCCCAAUUCUACUGUACCAGACACUGGACAAUAACCCAUUUGUCUACCUUGGUCGCGACUCCUUCCCAAUGCCUAUGAAGCAUGUUAACUCGUUUUCUGUAUCCAAAACACACAUUCGUGUCAUAGAAGAGGGAACUUUUUCUGCAGAUACAUUCCCCAAUCUGACUCGGUUGGAACUUGAGCAGGAUGAUUCUUUGCACUUCCUGCCAGGCAAUAUGUUGGACGGCCUUGACAACCUCACGUCCAUGCUUGCGUACGGCGAUCCUUUCCAUUGUGACUGCCAGCUCAAGGCCUUCGUCACCUGGCUACGCGAACAAGUCAACCCUCCGUACGUGAGCGCGACUUGUGCCAGCCCGCCGAGUCUAAAGGGCAAAGACCUGACGGACGUUCCCCUGGCCAGUCUGACGUGUGACUGCCAACAGGUGGAAGUUCCUUCAAUCGAUACGAGUGGCAGUGAUAACUUCACCCGUGAGGGUCAGACCGCCAUGCUGAACUGUAAGGUCUCAGGCUGUCCUGAAGCCGAGUUUUUCUGGACCACCCCAACCGGAGCCAUGUUGGCUGUGGAGUCGGGGUUCCCUAGGAUGGAGGUACUGGACAGCGGUACCCUGGUGGUGACAGACGCGAGGGAAGAGGAUACAGGGGUGUACACAUGUACCGCUGUCAACUACCGCGGGAAGGCCAGCAAGGAAGUGUCUCUGCAUGUAGGCAACAAACAAUAGUUCGUCAGAAGGCUGACGCAAAAGUGGACAAACGAACCCUCGCGCAAAUGUGUGCCACUAAAAGCAAUGCAUUGCUGCGCUGUGCUGAUACUUUUAAAUGGCAAUCUAAACAUGUUAUCGCUCCAUUGAAGAAGUUUAUAAUCCCAUCGAAUAUAUUUUCGUGAAAUUGUAUAAUGAUUUUGUAUAUGUUGAUGGCAAUUGCUAUUUGUAAAAAUAGAGAUAGAUUUCGGAUCCUUAAUAGCUAUGUUUUGAGCUAUAUUUAUAAAUGAAUUAUGAGCUUAAUUCUUAAGUUGAAUUUGUAAGAACGAGAAUUAUAUAUAUAUAUCCAUACACCACAAAUGCUUCACUGUGUUACAAUAAACGUUCAUUUCCUACAAACUGAAAGAUCAUGAGUACAAAACUAGCAAAUAAAGAUAG